AUGCGUCCAAGCGCGGCGCGCGUCAAGCUCGAGCCGCUGGGCGACGAAGGCAACCGCGGCGCUCCCACCGCGCCUGCCGAUCAAAACGCCGAGCACGGUGACCCGCCUUCCCAGCGGGGCCGUCCUGUCCCCUUCGCGUCUUCUUCUCCAGCUCCUACGCCUCCUUCCUCCUGUCUGUCGCCUGCCCUCUCUCCCCCCUUGUCCUUUCCUCUCUGCGAUCGUCAGCCCGCCGCCUCGCUGUCGUCCGCGGGUGCAAUCUUUGCUCCACCUGAUCUCUGCGGUUUCGAGUCGUCGCUUUCUCAGGCUACUCGCGGCGGGGCCUUGUGCUCCGAGCGUGCUUCUCUCGCGUGUCCGCAACUUCCCUCCGCCCGCACCCGAGCUCCCGCCUUGCGCGCCUCGCUCUCUCGCUUCUUUCGACAGGCCUCACACCCGCCGCCGGGUCCUGCGUUCUUGUCUCUGCUGUGGGACGCUUCGGCGGAGAGGCUGCCUCGUCCUCUUCCUCCGCUCUGCGCACCGUCGCUGCUCCCUCCUCACCACGCCUUUGCCUCCUUCUAUACCGCGCUGUCGGAUCCCGGCGGCGCGGCUCAAGCCACGGGGGCGGCGGCGCUCGGCGGCGGGGGUUUUUUGUCUGCCGUGCACUCUCCUUCUGCGGACGGCGCGCACACGCGUUUCUCUUCUUCUUGCGUCUCUGUGCUUCCCGCGACGCCUUCUCCGCGCGUUUCGUCUCCGCCUUCAGGACCGGUCCGCGGCGUCAAGUACGAAGGAGAGGGCGACCUCUCGCAGCCAGCGAGCUGGGAUGUGGAGGAAGGAAACGACGAGACGGAGGUGCAGCCGCGCGCGGGGCUGCUCGCCGAGGUGCGCGCCCCCACGGCACGCAGCUUCGCCACACGGCUGUACCGACAGCAGGACGUCUGGCGGCGCACGAGAGGCGUCUCGGGCAAUUUGUUCAUCGACAACUUUAGACAGAGGCGCCGCGGCGAAGUGCGGCUAAGCGAGCUUUCCUACUUUUUUGAGACUUGCUACAUGCGCGCCUUAGGCGUGAGCGCCUCGCGCGGUCUCUGGAGCAAUCACACGGCGUCGGUGACGCGCCUCGCCGUCGAUCACACAGGGCGGUUUCUGCUGAGCGGCAGCCUCGACUGCCGAGUAUCGCUUUACGACCUCGACGCAGAUCUUCUGCAUGCGCUCAACGGCGGCCAGGGCGCCGUCACACACUACGUGCCCUUUGGCUACGUGACGCGAAGAAAGAAACCUCUAGCCCCGAAGCGAAUUCUGCAUCCCGUGCACUGCCAAGCGCGACUGCCGCCGCUGCCUCGCUUUUUCCUCUCCCCGCCCUCCCCCGGGUCUGCGCCUUCGUCCUUCGAGGCGUCGCGGUCGCGCGGGGGAACCUGCCGGCGCGGUCACUCGCGCUCAGUCACCAGCGUCGCAUGGCUGCCGGCAGACAAUGGCCUCUUCGUCUCCGCUGGGCUUGACCCCUUCGUGAAGGUGUGGGAUACUGAGGCGUGGGAGCCCGUCUUCGACGUGCCGCUGGGGACGGAGGCGUACGCGACGGCGUUUUCUUCUUCGGUUUCGUCGUGUCUCUGCGCGCCUGGAGAGACCGCGGCGCGCGGCGGCGGCGCGUGGUUCGCCGAGCAUCGCCGCCCCGCCGCAGACGGCGAGCUGCGCAGUCCGCUGCUGGCAUGCGCAGGCGGCAAUGGAGCCGUUCAGCUCUGCGACCUCCGCCUCGCAGCCUCCACGCUCACGAUCUUGGGACAUCAAGGCCCCGUCCUGAGCGUGUGUUGGCAUCCGCAACGACCCUUCGAGCUCUUUUCGGGAGGAAAAGACGGCGCGAUGAAAACGUGGGACAUCCGGAGGGCGGACGCCUCUCUCUUCUCCUUCAACCAUCUGCUACCUGACGUCGUCUUCCUGGAGGCGCACGGCUCGAAUCUGCCGUCUUCGAGUGCACGCCGCGACCUACGGCGCACAGGAGACGCCGACGCUUUCGACUGCUUGCCCUCUGGAGGGGCUCCAGGUAGCCCGCGGAGGCUGUCGGCGAGAGAGGCGCCGCGGUACCGCCCUCGCGCGGAGUCUCAGGCCCCGGGUGCGCUCUCGUCCUCUUCCGCGUCCUCCCUUGCGUGUCCUGCUUCGCGCUCGCGCCUUCCACUCUCCUCCGCCGCCGGCGCCGCUUCCUCUUCUGCAUUCGGAUGCACUUUGCCGUCGCUCAAUGAGCUCUGCGAAGCUCCUCUCUCGACUCGCCACGAGUCGGCGUCGGCCUCUUCUUCGCGUCUCACGUCCUACGCCUCAUCCUCUUCAGAUGCUGGCGCUCCCUCCGCGCCUUGCGACCGGCCUCGGGUGUCUACAGCGAGCUCCGCGUCGCCUCCCUUCUCUUCUUCGCGAGCCGAGGCGGUUGCGGCGGCGGAUGACGAAGAACGCGCAGAGGCGUGGGAGCUUCUUCUGUCCAGAAGGCGAUCCUGCAGGUCCUCCGCGCGCUCGUUUGCGUCUGCCGGCAGCCCCCUGGCCUGGUCGGCUUCCUCUGCGUCGCGCUCACCCCCCAGUGGUCUCCGCGGGGCUCUGCGUCGACGAGAGGGGCGCUCGCCAUCUGCAGAGCGGAGAUCCAAAGAGUCUGCGCCGUUCACCCUCUACGCGCCGCGCCGCGACCCCGGUCAGAGCGGCCUACAGGCGGCAGGCGGCGGGCGGCCCCAGCGUGCGGGGGAGGGGGAGCUCGGCUCGUCGCGCCUGCGUGCGAAGCGAAGAAAAGAUGGAAGCACGGUGCUUCCCUACAUGCCUGCGCUUGAGCGGAUCUACCGCCCGCUGGUGACCGGCUCGACCAGGCGAGAGGAAGAGGCUCCAGAAGAGGAGACGCGGGAAAGGAAGCGAAGGGGAGGCCCGGAGAGGGAGCUGAAGAAGACAGCCGAAGAAGAACCCACUUGCGGACGCCCACGACGACCCCCUCUCUCACUCUCUUCCGCUUCUUCUCUGAGUCCAGGCUCAUCACCUCACUCUCCGUCCUCGGCGUCGUCCGCUGCUCCCGCAGCCUCUCCGUCUGCCACGUCGUCGCACCGACUCGCCACCGAACUGGGGCAGCGCACAUCUCGACGCGCGACGUCUCCUCAAGAGGUCUCAGGCAAGAAACGCACACCCGGCGUCGCUCGUGCGCCUACGCUGCCAGAGUCGUCUUCGUCUCCGUCUUCUUCCUCGUCUCCUUCCCCUUCUCCGUCCUCUUCUUCCUCAUCUUCUUCGUCUGCUUCUCCGUCUUCGUCGUCUGACGGGAGCUCGCCAGAGAGCGACGCGGACACGGAGACUGCGCCGGAGGGCGUCGCAGGCGCGCCGAAAGCCGAGCGAGCAAGCGGGAGAGCGAAGCCAGCUGCGUCUGUGCGCCUGCGGAGGGGUGCUGCCGCGUCGGCGUCUCCUCCGCGGCUCCAGGCCGCCUCCCGCGCCUCGCCUGCGCCGGUCGCGCGCCAGGGGACAGCCACCUGGGUCGCUGAGGCGAGUCUGAAGGCUCCUGAGGCGCGACGGUCUUUUUCGCCCGCGUCGUCUUUGUCUCCUCCGCGCGUCGCGCGUUCGCCGCCGCCGUCAUCCGCGUCUUCGGGCCUGCCUUCCUCAGCUGCUUCCUCGGCGUCCUCUGCGCGGAGGCCGCCGACGCGCGGAGGGGACCGGCAAUCCGCGACCCAGCGUGGCGCAAGAGCGACAGCGGCAGCGCCUGCGCGGGGGCAAAGCCGCCCAAAGUCGAGGAGCCCUGCCCGGGGGCGCAGCCGUGAAGCUGUCGCGAGCCACGCGGAAGACGAGCAAGGAGACGUCUCCGCGUCGUCGCUCAUUGCAGCCUACGGAAGCCUCCUGAGGCGGCACAUUCGACAGUCGAGGGGAGGAGAAGGAAGCGCAGGGCCGCGUUCGCUCCCUAGUGGGCAGCGACCUGCCGCCUCGUCUACGCCCGCGCCGCGCGAACCCUCGUCUUCACGCACUCCGCAGAGCGCGGCGCGCGCGUCCCGUGCGAGCUGCUCGCAGCCGUGGCUCCCGCUGUCCUCCGCGUCUGGGCCUUCGGCCGCUUCCGCGGCUUCCGGUGCGUCGUCUCGACCCUCGUCGCCUUCUGCUCGCCGCGGAGGGCGCGCGGCGCCGAGCUUUUUUCCCCGCUCGGCCUCUGCGCGCGGGUCGUCUGCAUCUGCGUCGUCGUCCUCAGGCGUCGCCGGGGGGCACGCGGAGGACGUCUCCUACUUGGGACGGCGCGAUGAGGUGACAGACUGGGUGGGCGCUGCGUCGUUCCUCUCUUCUACGCGCAAGCUGGGACGCUACGCGCUGCAGUUCUCCGCGGCUUCGGCUGCCGGGUCGGCCUCUCCUGGUGCCGCGGCCGUGGCGCACGACGGCGGGGUGCCUGAGAUCGUCUGCGACGGCUCCUUCGUGCUGUCGGCGGGCGCGGACGGCUCAAUGCGCCUCUGGAACGCGCACACGGGGCUGCAUUGCUUCGUGCACUACGACGUGCUGCGGCCGCUCCAGGCGCGCCCGCGGCAGGAGACGCGGCGCGCGGGGCGCGGCGGGGGCGGAGGCGUGCUGAGGCGAGAGAGGGACACCGGGCGACGGCGGCGCCUGUCGCUGCGGGAGCGGGUCAACGGGCGCGAGAUCUUUCCCUCGGGUCUGCGGCACGACGCGGAGCGCCGCGCCGUUUCUGGGCUUGUCGACGGCGACGGGCUCGCCGAGCGCGGCAGCGAAGAACGUGACUCGCGGAUGCGGCGGGGGGGCGGACGCCCUCGAGAGGCGUCCGCUUCCUCGCCGCCGCCGGCCGGCGGGAAGUGUCUCUUCACGCAGUUCACGCUGAGCCCUUCGGGGCGCUUCGUGCUGCGCGGCCGCGGCGAAGAGGUCGCCAUCUUCGAGGUGGAGACUGGCAACCGGCAGGCGGGCGUCGAGGCGGCGGCCGAGGGACAAGAAGGCGACCAGAUACGCUGCGUCGUCUGGAACGAAAAGCGACGGGAGGCCUACGCGGGGCGAGGCGAUGGAGCAAUCAGCGUGUGGGACGCUGGAGGCUUUGAGUUUUUGCGGGCGACUCCCUCAGACGACGACGAGGAAGAAGAAGAAGAGCAAGAGUGGGAAGAGCGCGGCCUCACGCCGCGGACACUGCCGGUCGUUCACGUUCAGCCUGCCACGCUAUAG